AUGACUGACCCGUUCUCGAUUGCGGCAGGCGCCGCUGGGUUUAUUUCGCUCGGUCUCCAAGUUAGCCAAUCUCUCAUUGACUUCUAUACUGCAUACAAAAAUCAAGACGCCGAUGUGGACAAAACCACCCGGAACUUAGAGAGUCUCCAGGCCACAUUCCGGCUACUUCAGACCACGCUGCAAACUCGCACCUUCUCAGAGGCAGAAAGGGCUGCGGUGACGAAUAUCGAAUCCCGACUGGAAAAAUGUCUGGAAAUCAUUCAAGAGCUGGAGGAAGAGAGUAAGAAGUUCAAGAAAGCCACUGAUCUCGGAAUCGCCAGCAAAGUCAGGGUAGCCGGUCGUCGCUUAGCUUAUCCGUUCCGGAAAAGCACACUACAGAAGCUUCAUGAAGAUAUCGAUGAAAUACGUGAAAACGUAGACGUUUCUCUUGGAGUCUUGCAAUUGAGGGAUCAUCAAAUAAUACACAAUAGCGUUCGCGACGUCAAGAUGCUCAUUGAAGUUGUGAGAGCUGGUCUGAUCUCCUUGGAGAUACGCGGUUGGCUCAGAGCACCGGACGCCAGCACCAACCACAAUGCCAUAUACACCAAGCGAUACCUUAACACCGGUGCUUGGUUUGUGGAAGGGCCUCUUUUCGCUGACUGGAUGACAAAACCAAAUUCAAUCAUCUGGCUGAAUGGAUUUGCAGGGUGCGGGAAGUCCAUUUUGUGCGCAACAGCGAUCCAGCAUGCUUUCCUCCACACACGAUCGGACGCCCGUAAAGGUAUCGCUUUUUUCUAUUUCACUUUUGACGAUGAGUCCAAACAAGACGAGUCUGCAAUGUUGCGGGCAGUGCUUCUACAGCUCUCUGGUCAAGUUCCAGAGGGUAGUACCGACAUUACGGAGUUGCACACUUCGUACCCUGACACCACGCCUCCAUCCCGAGUCCUUCUGGAGUAUCUCCAGCGUUUGAUACAGAGGUUCACAGAAGUAUACCUCUUUAUUGAUGCGCUAGAUGAGAGUCCUCCAUCUGGAAAACGCCCUCAUGUAUUGAGAUCGUUGAGGGCCAUUCAGGGUUGGAAUCUGCCUGGGCUGCAUUUGUUAGUGACAAGUCGCGAUGAGUUGGACAUUCGCCGGGCAUUAUUUGGUUCCCAGAGUCCAACAGCCGCGGAAGACGCAGUGAAAGUUGUUAUGAAUAAUGAAGACAUCGAUCGGGAUAUUGCGAACUAUAUCUCUGGCCAAUUACGAGAUGAUCCUGACAUGCAAGAUUGGUUGCAACAUCACGACAAGAUUCGCCAAGCUUUGACUGAGAAGGCAGGCGGAGUGUUCCGCUGGGUUGAAUGCCAAUUUCAGAUCUUGAGACGUUGCCCAAGAAGUGAAUACCGCCUUGAGGAGUGCCUCGCAUCCCUACCACGAACCCUCGAUGAGACCUACGAGCGAAUGCUUUCCACCAUCGAUUCGGAUUAUGUGGAUGACGCUAAACGAAUUCUGACUUUGGUCUGCUUCUCUGUUCGCCCCUUGACUGUACCUGAGCUCAUGGAUGGAAUUGCUGUUGAUCUCAGCGGCUCGGGAUGGCUGGAUCGACGACGACGAUUGCAUAGUGCAGAUGACCUGCGAAGAAUAUGUCCUGGACUGUUGGCUUUCAAUGCUGCAGAAAGUGAUUUCACAGGCUCACCAGAUGCUGACGACGAAGAUGAUCGCUUUACAGUGUUGACGGUUCACAUCGCCCAUUUUUCAGUCCAAGAAUACAUCGAAUCAGAGCGCAUAAGACAGCAAAAAGCAAGCGUGUACGCUUUACAACGAAGCUCAGCGAACCUCGAUAUUCUUCGCAUCUGCCUGGUAUGCUUGCUCGAACCAGGAUUAAGCAGCAGAAGGCUAGACAGAAGCAUUCUAGAAGAACAUCCACUAGCCCGUUUUGCUGCCUCCUCUUGGUAUGCAUACUAUCCUUACAUCGCAAGCACAACAAAUAACGUCCAGGAAUUGGUCUUGAAACUGUUCGAUCACCAAAAAGGCUCUUUUUCCAAUUGGGUAAGGUUGCACGAUCUGGAUACGCCCUGGGUGAAUGAAGUGAAGUUCCAUAUUGAGUCGGAACACAUAGCAUCUCCGCUCUACUAUUCAUCUAUGCUGGGGUUCGACUGGAUUGUGAGAGAGCUCAUCGCUGCUGAGUCUGAUGACGUUAACCGCGAAGUUCUCAUCCAUACUCUUGGCGGAGAAAACGGCAAUGCGCUGCAGGCAGCAUCGCUCCAUGGCCACACUAAGGUGGUUGAAACCUUACUUGAAGCAGGGGCGGAUGUUAAUCUUCGUGGUGGGCUUCAUGACAAUGCACUCCAGGCAGCUUCUGCAGGGGGUCACGAUGCCGUGAUAAAAUUAUUGUUGGACAAGAACGCUGAUGUGAAUGCCCAUGGCGGCAAAUACAAUAACUCAUUAUACGCUGCGUCGUUGAAUGGCCAUGAGAACGCUGUUCUCAUGCUGCUUCGUCAUGGAGCCGAUCCGAAUGUCCGAGGCGGUUUGUUUGGUCAUCCGUUGCAAGCGGCAUCAUCAAGAGGCCAUGAAACCAUUGUGCAGAUUCUCUUGGAAAAUAAUGCUGACGUGAACGCAGGAGGUGGUAGAUUUGGCAAUGCGUUGCAGGCGGCAGCAUCAGCUGGUCAUGAGAAUGUAAUGAAAAUCUUGUUGAGCAAGGGGGCUGAUGUCAAUGCGUACGGAGGUAAUUAUGGGAGUGCGCUGCAAGCCGCAUCUGCACGAGGCCGCACAGACAUCGUCCAGAUGCUGCUGAAGGAGAAUGCUGAAGUGAACGCAGUUGCCGGAUUCUAUCAUACUGCUCUGCAAGCUGCAUCGGCCGAGGGUCAUCAUGAGAUAGUCAAAAUACUGCUAGAUAGCGGCGCGGACGUGACCAUUUCAGGAGGAGAAUUUGGCAAUGCGCUGGGUGCGGCACUACAACGCGGUCACAAGAGGGUUGCAGAGUUAUUGCAGGGAGUGAGCACUGGUGAGGGACCGCCGCCAAACCACCUCGAUGGAGUCGCUCUUCUUCAGUCCUUCAGAAUAGAUCCACGCCAUGAAGCUCGUCCUUUCCGACCUUCCAGCGCCAUAGCCUCGUCUUUGGCCCCAGCAAAAGAUUCUUUCCACAACUUAACCGCGAAAGAUAUUAACCAGAUAAUUCUCAAAGCAAAAAGUGGGUCUACAACAUUGGUUGAUUCGAUUGGGGUAAACCAAAGCUAUCUUCAUGAUCUGGGGUCAAGACGUCACAUCUUCCUGAUUGACGACGCGAAAUCGAUGGAAAAGUAUUGGCAAGAUGUCAAAUCAGUCACCCACGCCAUGGCAUAUAUCAUUAAGCAGUCAAGAAAGCCACGAAUGGAGCUGUGUUUUAUGCGAAGCGACCGAAAGUACUCGUCCAAAACUUCGACGGGCCUUGUGAAGAUCCUAGAUGGAGCACAUUUAGAAGGGCAGAGCGACAUCAAUAUUCGACUUCAACAAAUCUUCAAAGUUGGCAAUAGUCAACCGCAGCACACCCUCUCCGAACAGGUGGGACGGCAACCGCUCAACGUCUACAUUUUAACGGAUGGAGCAUGGACAUCUAAUAUUCAUGCCGACAACUCAAUAUGGUCCAUUACAAACGCCCUCGACAAACAAAAUUCAAGCCGUGGUAAAGUCGGACUGCAAUUCGUCCUCUUUGGCGAUGAUCCGAAAGCCAGGAGUGAGCUGAAUCGCCUUGAGUCGGGGCUUGCGCUGGUCAGGUAG